AGGAGGAGGUGAAAGAGUGGAAGGCGGAGAACAGCAUGAACGGGUCGAGGAAGGGGCAGGAUGCGGAAUACGGGAGCCCGCCGGCCAGCGUACCCACCGACGACGGCAUCGGGCGUUUGACAUGAGGCUGUGCGCAGGAAACGACCCGGGCCUGCGGUUUGUUGGUACUCGGAGGAGGGGAGCCUGUGAUUUAGCCGUCGCCUCAAAUUAUCCGUGACACAGAGGGUUGCUAGGCUAAACUGCGAGGGCGCUUUGCUUCCUAGCGCGUGUCAAGCCGCACGUAAACGCUCGUUUGUGACUUGCUAACUUAUUCUGCUAUUAGCGUCAAGCGCGACCCCGUCCUUCCUCCCCUUUGUCGGUCAACUGCCGUCAUGGUUUUAGCCGUCGUUUUAGCAUCAACGCCGCCUGAUCGCCUUUGCGCUGCCGCCGCCGCUGCCGCAGACUGGAUGUGAAACGGAACGGAGCGGCGGAAAGUCACAUCCAAAAAAAAAAAAACCACAAACAAGAAAUAAACACAACGCUUCGUCAUGGAGACGUCGACGCCGCAGUCUCGCUGGCUGACAGGCGCGUUCAUAUGGACAACUCUGUGCUGGCUCGGCAGCGGCCAGUCCGCGCUGGACGCGUCGGGCCUGCCUGUGGCCAUCCGCGUGCCACUGCGGCAGGGCGCUCGCGCUCAACCGCCGCCGCUGCCACCUGCUACCGCUGCCGCGAGCGCGACGCACGAGCGCAGGCGGAGAGGCGCGGCGGCCGGCGGCAUCAGUUUCGUGGACAUGAUCGACAACCUGCGUGGGAAGUCCGGCCAGGGCUACUACGUGGAGAUGGCCGUGGGCUCGCCGGCGCAGAAGUUGAACAUCCUGGUGGAUACUGGAAGCAGCAACUUUGCUGUGGGAGCAGCAGCUCAUCCCUUUCUACGCAGAUACUACCACCGCUCUCUCUCCAGCUCGUACCGUGACCUCGGAAGGAGCGUGUAUGUUCCGUACACGCAGGGUCGCUGGGAAGGGGAGCUGGGCACCGACCUGGUCUCGGUCCCACACGGCCCCAACGCAACGCUACGAGCCAACAUCGCAGCCAUUACCCAGUCAGAUCGCUUCUUCAUCAAUGGAUCCAACUGGGAGGGAAUCCUGGGACUGGCAUAUGCUGAUAUUGCCAGACCCGACGAGACAUUGGAGCCCUUCUUUGAUUCACUGGUUCGCCAGACUCCUGUCCCCAACCUCUUCUCUCUCCAGCUGUGUGGAGCCGGCUUCACCCAAAACUACUCCCUGGGCAGCGCUACUGUUGGUGGCAGCAUGAUCAUUGGAGGAGUGGAUCCAUCACUGUACGUAGGGGAACUUUGGUACACUCCUAUUCGCAGGGAAUGGUACUAUGAGGUCAUUAUUGUGCGCAUUGAGGUGAAUGGACAAGAUCUUAACAUGGACUGCAAAGAGUAUAAUUAUGAUAAAAGCAUUGUUGACAGCGGGACCACCAACCUUCGACUGCCUAGAAAAGUCUUCCAGGCAGCAGUUAAGGCUAUUGAAGCAGCCUCUUCGACAGAACAGUUUCCAUCUGGGUUCUGGCUCGGGGAGCAGCUGGUGUGUUGGCAGGCCGGCACUACACCUUGGCACAUCUUCCCUGUCAUCUCCCUCUACCUGAUGAGUGAAAAUCGCAAUCAGUCCUUUAGAAUCUCUAUCUUGCCUCAGCAAUACCUGCGGCCAGUAGAGGAUGUCGCUUCUGCACAGGAGGACUGCUAUAAAUUUGCUGUGUCCCAGUCCAGCACCGGAACAGUGAUGGGGGCCGUCAUCAUGGAGGGUUUUUAUGUGGUCUUUGACCGUGAAAAGAAACGAAUCGGCUUUGCCGUUAGCACCUGCCAUGUGCACGAUGAGUUCCGCACCGCAUCAGUAGAGGGCCCAUUUCACGGCGUCGACCUGGAAGACUGCGGAUACAACAUCCCCCAGACGGACGAGUCCACGCUUAUGACCAUCGCCUACAUCAUGGCGGGUAUCUGCGCUCUCUUCAUGCUUCCGCUGUGUCUCAUGGUGUGCCAGUGGCGCUUCGCCCGCUGCCUUCACCCUCACGGAGACUUUGCUGACGACAUAUCACUUUUGAAGUAAACAGGAAGGACAAGGAGACUAAAUGAGUCGGAGACCCACACUUGAAACACAGGACAGUGAUGGAUUUUAGGAAACAAAGUGUGUGCUGCUGAAAGGACGCUUUGAGUAUAUUCUUCAGGAAUAUAAAAGUAUAGAAAACGCUGAUGUGAAAUGAGUACAGCUGUAGGACGGCUACCAUUAAAUUGGAACGCAUGUGAUGAUUAAUUGGGGUGACAAAUGAGAAAGCCUGUGUCAUCAGUGUCAACUUGCCUUGCCUGUUUCAUUUACCUAUGCAGGUCAGGUGAAAUCGUAAUAUUUGUUAUAAAUAUGUAUAAAUAGUCCACAGAGAAUGACCUCUCUGAUUGGGGAUAUAGGGAGAGCAAACAGAUAAUGGACAAAUAUGCCUAAAUGAAGAAACUUAACCUGGAAAAUGAGACGUGAAACCAUCAUGUUAUUGGCUGUGGUUUGCUAUGGUAUGAUGUCUAUGUAUGUGGUUAUGUGUGUAUUUAUAGCUUGUUUGUGGCUUAGGAGCGACUGAAACAAGUUUGAUAUGUGUGAGCAUGCUGGUAUGUGUGUGCAGUUGUACUGUAAGUGAAAAGUAUACCGAAAGAGUUAAUGAAAUGAAAAUGAUACUUAUGAAGGUGACAAAUAAUUCUAGCACCGCUAUAAAUUACACUAUUUUGCAAAUGCCAGCAAAGAAUUCUGCAAUGCAAAUGAAGUACGCUUUACAUGGUUAAAAUGAUGAAAUAAUCAGAUUGUAACAGCAUUUACUGUAUAAAAUCAAUUUGCACAGUGUGAAACUGAGACUGCUGAACCCAGUUAAUAUCAGAUGUCACUUUUCCUCAUAUUUAUAGCUUAAAUAUUGUAUGUAAUAUGUGUGCAUUCCAGAUCAUUUACUUGCCCUGGCACAGUCAUACACCGUCCAAAAACACAUUGCCUGUCUUAUCUUCUGUACCAUCUGAUGAUUUGCACAUGUAACACACAUUACAUGUUAACAAACCAAGAACAAAUAGGGCUUCUUUCACAGACACAGAAACAGCUUAAUGCACUGCACCUUUCAUGGGGGACCACAUAUGCUUAGAGAAGGCAACCAGCCCAAAGUAGGUUGUGCACUAAAGAACACCACAUAUGUCUACAAAGGGCAGUUUAUAUUGUCUCUCAGCAAGCUGUAAAUAAUGAACUCAGAAAUGUAUAUUUAUCUGCCAGGUGCUGGCAGCACUGUUGACUUAAUAAAGUACUUAUUGUAACUGUAAA